UCUCCUCCUCGGUUCGCCAGUUUGGGGACGACGAGAGAGCGAAAGAAGCACCGAGAAGCGAAGGAAGCAGCAGCAGCAGUCUCACUCGAUGCCAUAUUCGGAGCUUCGUCCAUGAAGCUUCUCCCGUCUUCGUCGUCCCGUACCCCCGUCAAGUUCAGGAUCCCCACGGCGGAUAAUCUGGUGCCGAUCAGAUUGGACAUCGAAAUCGACGGCCAGCGCUUCAAGGAUGCCUUCACUUGGAAUCCUGCGGAUCCUGAUUCUGAAGUGGUCGUAUUUGCUAAAAGGACAGUGAAAGAUCUGAAGCUUCCCCCAGCAUUUAUAACCCAAAUUGCUCAAUCUAUCCAGUCACAGUUGACGGACUUCCGAUCAUACGAGGGGCAAGAUAUGUAUGCUGGAGAGAAAAUUGUCCCUAUAAAGCUUGAUUUAAGGGUUAAUCACUCUCUUAUUAAGGACCAAUUUUUGUGGGAUAUGAACAACUUUGAAAGUGAUCCUGAAGAAUUUGCUCGAACAUUUUGCAGGGACAUGGAUAUCCAAGACCCAGAAGUUGGACCUGCAAUUGCAUUUGCAAUUAGGGAGCAACUUUACGAGAUCGCUAUUCAAAGUGUCACUUCAGCAAGAGAAAGCCGAUUGAGCAAAAAGGGUCGCCGUGGAUUUGACUAUUCUCCAGCAAUUAAAUCAAGUGGCAUCUCACUGGACUUGGUCAAAUAUUUUGGGCAUAAAUCUAGUGUGGUUAGGAAAAGGAAAGACUGGGAUGUGUUCGAGCCGAUUGUGGAUAUCCUUUCCAGCGAGGAAGUCGGUGCCCUAGAAGCAAGAGAAGAAAGGAAUGCUCGGUGAUGUAAUUCCUCAGAAUUUCAAGCUUUGCAAAAGAAAUUGCUGUCGGAUAAGCUAAUUGAAGGCAGCAAAAAUUCCUUUAGUCCUGCAGCAUGGCAUUCCGGUCUUAGAAUGAUCCCCUGUACUUCCUGUUGCUUGUGCAACUCUGGAAUUGCAUAAUUCAUAUUCGUUCUGAAACAAUGGAUGUUUGAUGCUUACUAUAUCAAAAUUGUGUCCUACCACCCCCCAACCCGUUCCUUCCGGAGGGUAAUGUCGGCAUAACGGACAAUGAUGAUAUCGGUUACAGUAAGAUCAAAGAAGAGGCUAAGGAAGAGAUACAAAGAUCUGGUUGAGAAUUAUUCUUUUGA